UCGUCGAGUGGACCGAAUAAAUUUUUUGUCUGCAACUCGAACAGCUUUGAGUCUUUACUCGCUCGACAAACAUUUGUUCGCAUAUCCAGAACGCGUUUCAGUUGCCUUCAUGCAUGGCUAUGUUUUUAAUAUUAUCUAACUAGCAUUAUAGCACACACAGACAAUUCUCUGUUAAAUCUAUCAAAUCAAAAUUAUAAAAUUGUUUUUCAGGAAGCUGAGACUUACCGCUAACUCAAAGCUUUAAAUGACUGUAGUAAUUAAGUGAAUAUACAAAUUAAACAAAGUGAGAUGCGAUGCAAGUGCCACAAGUGCAGCGGUACUCUGGGAAGUUCUGGGAAGUUCCUGUUCGUGUCAAAGGUACACAGCGAGUGUAAAUGCAGCAAGUGCUUGAAAGAUAAAUAACAAAAUGUUGGAAGUGGACAAAAUCUUGGAAAAAUGCGGCGAUUUUGGUCGGAUGCAGCUGAUCAUACUAAUACUCACUAGUCUGCUUAAUGUGAUCUUGGCCAUGCAUUACGAAUCUGAAACGAUAAUCACUUAUGUGCCAAUCUUUUGGUGUGCUGAUGGUCUAGACUCGGGGGCAGCACCACCAAAUAUAUCCAACUGCCAUCCACUGCAAACUAAUUCGACUAACUAUAGCUCUUGCAAACACUACAAAUAUGAGUCAUACAUGGGCUAUCAUAGUUUCGUCAGUGAAACCGACUGGAUAUGCGAUGAUAUGUGGAAACUGAACGUGGGAAGCGCACUGUACUCUUUGGGUUCCUUGUUAGGCACCCUUGUUCUGGGCUAUAUGGGGGACAGAGUGGGUCGGCUGCCCGCUCUUAUUUUGGCCAAUCUCAUUUCAAUGGUUGGCAACUUUUUGACAAUCUUUGGUACCAGUCUGUUCACUUUUUGUAUAUUUCGAAUUAUUAAUGGCUUCGCCACUGACACCAACUAUUCAAUGAUGUACAUUUUGCUUGUGGAACAUAUACGUCCUUCUUUGCGCACAAUUUGCCUGAGUAUCACUGUCGGCAUCUUUUACUGCUUGGGCGCGAUAAGUGCACCUUGGAUGAGCCUGCUAUUGGGCACCUGGCGUAGUUUCCUACUUUUCAGCUCGAUCCCAUUAAUAAUAGUGCCCUUCUUUUAUUUCAUUGUGCCGGAAAGCGUACAAUGGCUGAUCUCAAGGCGAAAAUAUAACCAGGCUGUAGCGUCCCUGAGGCGUGUGGCUAAGAUCAAUGGUCACCAAAUAGAAGACAGCGUUUAUGAAGAAUUCAUUAUGAACUGCAAAUUAAGUCAGCAAAAUAAUAAGAUCGACCCAAAUCUGCUGCACCUCUUCAGGACGCAGCGCCUACGCCGCAUCCUUUUAAUAUUGGCGUUCGAAAUGGCCGUCAUUUCCUUUUCUCACUUUAUCAUCACACGUAAACUAUAUACUAGUAGUAGGUUUUCGUACUUUGCUUGGAGAUCGAUUGGAAACACCACAAUUCUGCCUGCUUGGCUGAUAGCCUUAGCUUUUCAAGAUAUCAUCGGACGCAAGGCAAUGAUUGCCACAUCGCUAAUCUGCUGUUGCUUUUUUACCUUGAUGACGAACAUCGGUCUAUUUGAUGGCGCUUCCACCACUGAUCGCACCAGCACAUUACAGAUAAUGUUUUCAUUGACUGGGAUUUGUUUUUGUAACGUUGCCUUUAACACGGCCUCUUUGUACGCUGUGGAGCUGUUGCCAACAUGUGUGCGUGGCCAGGGAGAUGCCGCUGUAGAUAUUUUUGGCAGAGUGGUCCAAUUGAUUUGUGCCUAUGUUCUUAACGUGAAUGCUACGUUCUCGCCGCUUCCGGAAAUUAUUUUGGUUGUGCUCACUUUGCUGUCCGCCUGCUUGAGCCUGCUGCUGCCGGAGACAACUAAUCAUACGCUGCCCUGUUCACUGGAGGAUAGCGAGGAGCUUGGAAUUGACGAGCACUGGUACACAUUUCCGUGCAUAAAAAAGGGCAUGUAGUCGGUAACAAAACGCGCUAUUAACUUAUAACUCCGUUAUUUGAAAUGGAAGGGCUUGAUGAAUUCUCGGCACCAUGAAAUAUUAUAAAUGGAAGUAAAGUAGGGAAGUAUUCUAUUCCGAAGUUAGGUAUACAAAAUAGGGCCUAUUUUAUUUCGUUUUGCAAACGAAGUAGAAUAUAUAAAUUUGAUUAUAUAUCUUAACUCGUUUUCAAUACGAAAUAAGAUAUGUAACUAUAUAGACCACCAACCAAAAUUUAUAUUUUAUCACAAAAAUUGUACUGUAGUCGUUCCACACAAAUUCGAUUACCAUAAAAAAUUGACCAGCAAUUGCCACUAAAAAUUAGGGCAAAUGAUA